UAUGAUGUUAGCAGGGUUUGAAUGGAUGUGUGACAGAGCACGGUGGGUUAUCAUCGCCUGUUGAGAGAGAUUCAGAGACAGACAUGGGGGAUACACAUCCACACUGCCUCGACAGGGACAAUGAUUCCGAUAGCCAAGGACAUGAGAUUGCAGUUCAAAAUUUAACGAACUUUUCCAUUGAUGAAAUUCUCAAACCAGACUUUGGUGUGAAAAAGUUUACAGUAAGAAUUGGUUCGGCGUUUACGCCUGUGGACUUGAAAAGACGAUCCACCUCCCCAUCCGAUUCCCCUGCCUCCCGGGAAUCAGCACAACCAUCCCCAGGAAAGACGGACGAGAAGCCAGCCCAAAUGUGGCCUGCUUGGGUGUACUGCACAAGAUAUUCAGAUCGACCCUCGUCAGGUCCUCGAUCCAGGAAGGCGAAGGCGCGAGAAAGACACCAAGAACAACAGCAACAGGAGGACAAACGGCCAAGGACAGCGUUCACAAAUGAUCAACUCCAACGUCUGAAGAAAGAGUUUGAUGACUGCCGGUAUCUCACAGAACAACGGAGAAAGGAUCUAGCUCUGUCUCUAUCACUCACGGAAGCUCAAAUCAAGAUCUGGUUCCAAAACAAACGGGCAAAGAUCAAGAAAGCAAGUGGUUUGAAGAAUCCAUUAGCUUUGCAUCUAAUGGCACAGGGACUCUAUAACCAUUCUACUAUGAGCAUGCGUGAUGAACUUAUGGACGUGACGUCAUAGCUCUAACCUUGACAUCAUCAUGACGUCAGCGAAUGAAAGGGCGUGAAAGCGACUGUGAUGAAAGUAUCGUGUAUUAAGUAUAUCUUCUCGGAACACAAGUUUCCUUCUUAUCAUCAGUAAAACUCAUCAGUUGUAUGUAUUAUGUACACAGACAAUAGGCUGGAUGGACUUUUCAUCCCUUAAAUCCGCAACUUGUAUUUUCUCUGAAUUCUCGCUAUUUCUUGAAACUAUGUUCGCUGUUCGCCUGCUUGCCUCUUAUGCAUGCUCAGCUGUGAUGUCAUUGGAACACUCUGCUUCCUAAUGCUGUGCCGUCAUCACAUCGUGACGUAACAACAUGACGUCAUUCGUGCUAUACCACUGGAUUCUGUACAGGUUGCUGUCCUUUGAGCGCAUUCCAAUAUCAGGUGGCACGUUCAUCAGCUGUCCAUCAUGCGGCCAGUAUCACCAGCCUCCACUGCCGAGACGAAACCGUAGUGAACUGAUCACGUGACCGACAUCAACCAACGAAGAGGGACCUUAAGCACAGUGGUACACGAGAGUGACCGUCAGUGUCGGGGCUAAGGAAAAGGACCGAUCGAUGCUCCCCGAUACGCACAGAAACAAAACAGACUGAUCGUGAGUGCGCUGGUAAAGCAACAGGAUCGGCGUGGAACGCGACCUGACAGGGAAUCAUCCGGCGUUCUAAUGAGUGUACAUUUACAACUCCAUGUUGAACUCUUAUUAUGUCAGUUGGUUAUUAUUAACAGAAUUAUUUUCUUCAUACAAGUGCUGACCGGUCAGCAGUAUAAGGGCAUUAUGAAUAUCUCUGACAUAUCUAAUAUACAUGUAAAUAGUAAUUAUUGUUACGAGCACUAUUUAUAUGUCAAAAGUCGACAAAAGCAGGUUACAUUAAGGUACCACAAACAUCAUGCAGGAGAUAUAGAUGUUAUAACCUUAGGUCUAGUCCCAGGUUUGUGAUCCCGUGUAACAUAUGUUAUAUCUGUGAUUAUCCUUUCGUUGUAAAGUAAACAUUCUAGUACCUUCAGGGGUUUGGUCCUAUCCGGGACUCGAUCCCACACUAAGAGCGAGGCAUUAAUUCGCUGGAACAGAAAGUUAGCGAUCUAGCCCAGUCAGCCGUUUUCUGAUCGCACAAUGGAACAAUAUCAGUGAAGGUAUUUACAACGUAACUUGAAAAAGUCAAAUUAAAGCAAUGUAGCAGAUACAUAUUGAACAAGUGAAGCAUUUAGUAUGAAGAUUUAAGUAUUCCAGAGUGAUAUAAAUUUGAUGUUUUUUAUUACAUUUACCUGACGAGUGGCUUCACGGUUGUAGCUGAAGUCAUAUGAACAGAGUCUGGAGUCAACAGAUCUACUUUUUCUUGUAUCUUUUUCUUUUCUUUUUCCAUGUAUUCCCAAUAGCAUUGUUAAUGCAUUAAUGUGUUACUAUUUAUUAUAGCAAAUCUUGACAUUUGAAGAGAAUAAACUACCAUUUAAUGGAG